AAAGUAUGUGUAACUGUAAUGUUUAAUUACAGCGUGGUUGUUCCAGUAAUAUUCCAUAUAUUUUACUAUCGUCCUGUGGUUUUAGAUACAGCCGUACACCGCAUUUAAUAGUGUAUUAUUGUGUACGGUGCAGCGCAGACACCGGGCCGUUGUAUUAUUUAGGAGGAUUGUCCAUUCUGAUUUGCCGUAGUUGGUCAUCUCUUGCUGUCUAGUGAGUAAAGAUGGCAGAGGCUCCUCCAUGGCCCAGGCGUUUUUUCUGUCACAGAUGCUCCGCAGAGAUUAGUCCUCGACUCCCGGACUAUACAUGCCCACGGUGUGAGUCCGGAUUCAUUGAGGAGCUUCUUGAAGAAAGAAGUGCAGACAAUGGCUCCAUGUCAUCAAUCUCCAGUGGGCUCCCGAACCAACAACCAUUUGAGAACGCAGAUCCCCACUUGCUCACGUUCCCAUCGGGCUACGGUCACUUUGCCCUAGGUGUCUUUGACAGCUUUGAAUUUGGGUCUGGACUGACUCCAGAGAUUAACCAGAAUGCGGAAAACCAGAGAGGAAUUGAAACGCCAAUACAACAACCAUAUGGUGCUAGGCAACCGAGAAGUCGUCACGGUUCCAGGCGGUACGCUGGAAGGCCAGAAGGAGUACCAACGUUAGAGGGAAUUAUUCAGCAGCUAGUAAAUGGCAUAAUUGCACCAACUGCAAUUCCAAAUGUUGGUGUGGGGCCAUGGGGUGUUCUACAUUCAAAUCCAAUGGAUUAUGCCUGGGGUGCUAAUGGACUAGAUGCAAUUAUAACACAGUUAUUAAACCAAUUUGAGAACACAGGGCCGCCUCCAGCUGACAGAGAUAAAAUAAAAAGUCUUCCAACAGUAGUAGUCACAGAUGAGCAUGUUGCUUCAGGACUGGAAUGUCCUGUGUGUAAAGAAGAUUACAGUGUUGGAGAGAACGUGAGGCAGCUUCCAUGCAAUCACAUGUUUCACAAUGAUUGCAUAGUCCCCUGGUUAGAACAGCAUGACACUUGUCCUGUGUGCAGAAAAAGCUUGAGUGGACAGAACACAGCGACAAAUCCUCCACCGCUAUCAGGGAUAAAUUUUACCUCCUCAUCCUCCUCCUCUUCCUCAUCUUCAUCCUCCUCUACCCCUCAGUCCUCAAGUUCAACCAGCAACGAGAACUCCACUGAUAACUCUUAGGCAACAGUUUUCCUCAUAACCCUAAGAGCUGUUCACAGCUCCUUGGUGGCUUGACGUCAGAGUGGUGACCUCCUGUUUCUCCCUGACCUGGGGUAGACACCUGAGUACAUCUCGCCAGGAGCACUCAAGCCCGACUCAGGGGUAAGUGAUAGGAGCUCCUUACUGGUGCUCUGACUCUCAUUAUGAGUCUGAACAAAAGGGCGCAAGAGGCCAUGGAGUAUAGCUUCUCUCAGGGAAGAUGUGGAGAAGCGUGAAACCUUCAAGAGGCUCGCCUUUUACAGGGAACAGAAAAAAGUAGAGGCAGAGGACUCAGGACUUGACUGUUGCUGGUUUUUUUUUUUUAAAUCAACCGAAUUGUUGUGAUUUAAAAUGACACUUUAGGUGGUAAUUCUAAAUAGUUUUUCCUUUUUUAGUUAGUAUUUAUAUCUCUCAGAUGACCUAACACUGUUGUCUAGUUGACAGGACCAUUGGCAUAUACAUCUAAAAACACAAAAUUAAAUUUCGUUGUAACGUGAAGAUAAGUAAUUAUCAACUGGCAGCUGUGCGUUGAAUCUGGCCCACUGAACCAUCCUAUCCAGCUUCUGAUAGGAUUUCAAAAUAAACCUCAAAUAAUAAUAAUAAUGUUAGACAAAAGUGUGAUUUUUAUUUCAUUUUAUCUGAUUGUUCGGCCUGAAAGGUGUCUGUCUAGAAAAAUUCUGGCCCUCUGACAAAUCUAGUUGGUCAACCCUGGUGAAGAUAUUGGGGGUCACAUUCUUGUAAAGGUGACAACAAUCAACAUCUCUAAAGUUGCUAUGGCAACACAAAGUUAACCAGAUCUACUAAAGUUAAAAAAAACUUAAAAAUUACAAAUAGUAGUCCCCUGAUCAUCCUUGGCUGUUUGGUGUGUGUAGAGAAAAACUCUUAGAACCUAUGAAUUUGGGUGCAAAGAAGAUGCUUUAUGUGAACAACCCCUAGUUGUGCCAAUAAAUCUCCAACAUGAUUUAGAAACUUUGCAUUUGUUUCCUUCAUUUUAAAUACAAACAAAUCACAGUAAUUUAUAGAUUUGUUUAAUAAUCGAAAACCUUACUUUUCGUGGUUUCCUGACAUCACACAAGUUUCAGAUUUUCUUUGCACUUGAUGAUGACAAGGUGUCAACUUGCGGUAAUGUUGUGCUGAUGCUAGCUAGUGUUGUGGAUAGUCAUUAUAUAAAUUAUACUUUUAAUUUGGUUUUACAUUCAAACCUUUAACGUGUAUCUGUCUUUACUGUCAUACAAUUACACUAUGACAUUUUAGUGCAUUUUAACUUAAGAUGAAAUGUUUUUGAAAGCUGCUGGUUGAAAAUGAUUUAUUUGCAUAAUAAUCUUGUAAUAAACUGAAACUGAAAUAAAGAUAUUUGGGUACUACCACUCAAAAUUCAACUAAA